UGGCCUGUUUCAUUAGACCCUCUCCCUGACAUCGCAGGGUCCAGGCCAGGAUGCAGAGCUGUAGUUUAACACACUUCUCUGCUGCUUCUCGAGGACCAACGCCUGCCAACAAAACUAUAAGAUUACAUGAUGUAAAUGGUAACUCUAACCAGGUGCCUAGCAAAAUAGAAGUGGUUGCAGUUCCCCGCCCUCCACUAGUUCACCAGGUGCGGCGUUAUAGAGGCGUUAACCAAGAUAACCUUGUAAAAAUUAAAACCAAUGUACAUUUGGUACCAAUUACAGACCUAAAAAUUAGAUGCGGACUACUAAAUAUACGAUCGUUAAGCUCCAAGUCUCUGUUAGUAAACGAUAUAAUUACAGAGAGCAGGAGUGAUGUUUUCUGCUUAACAGAAACAUGGUUACAGGAGGAAGAGUAUGUUAGUUUGAAUGAAUCAACUCCGCCCGGCUACUUUAAUCAUCACAUUCCUAGAAACACGGGCCGAGGCGGAGGAGUCGCAGCAAUUUAUAACUCCAGUCUCCAAACAAAAAUUGAACCUAAGUGCAAUCAUAAUACAUUUGAAAGCCUCAUGCUUGGUCUGAAAUUCCCGAGCUGGAAAUCAGAGAAGCCAGUUGUGUUAGUGGUAGUGUAUCGGCCCCCUGCUGGCGCUUAUCUAGAGUUUUUGUCUGAAUUUUCAGAUUUCCUUUCUGGAUUAUUGAUCAGCACAGAUAAAUUCAUCAUAGUGGGUGAUUUUAAUAUUCAUAUGGAUGUUGAAAGCGAUAAUCUUAAAUUAGCUUUCAAUUCUCUUCUAGAAUCAAUGGGUAUCUCACAAAAAGUGGACGGGCCGACGCAUUGUUUUGGUCAUACUCUCGAUCUCGUUCUCACCUACGGUGUUGAAACUGAUGGUCUGUUGGUGUCACCUGUAAACUCCCUUUUAUCCGACCAUUACUUAAUAACGUUUGAAUUUAAUUUUGUUGAUGUUGAAGUGCAAAACAGGAGGUAUUAUUUUAGCAGAUGUUUGUCUGAUGAAGCUAUUGCUAAAUUUAAGGAGACCAUUGCUCGUCUUGCGACAGUGGAAAAUAGUGAAGCCUUUACUGAAGCAAUAGAGGCCAGUGACCUGGGUUCUACCUCUGAUGUUGAUUUUCUUGUUAGUAACACUGCUGAUCUGUUGCACUCAGCUUUAGAUGAAGUUGCUCCUUUGAAAAGGAGGGUUUCUAGCCACAGGAGCUUAACUCCCUGGUACAAUUCAGAUAUUCGCAUGUUGAAACAAAGCGUGCGUAAAAUAGAAAGGAAGUGGCACUCUUGUAAGUCUGUAGACUUCUAUCGUGAAUGGAAAGAUAUUCUAAUAGUAUAUAAAAAAGCCAUUCGCAAAGCAAGAACAGCUUAUUAUUCAACGUUGAUAGAGGAUAACAAAAGUAACCCACGUUUUCUGUUCAGCACUGUAGCCAGGCUGACAAAGAGUCACAGCUCUGUUGAGCCGUGCAUUCCUGCAGCUCUCAGUAGUGAGGACUUUAUGAGCUUCUUCAACAGUAAAAUCGCGAGAAUUAGAGAAGAAAUCAACCAGCCGGUUGUGGGUGUUUCUUCAGCUUUAGCGACUUCCCUAGGCUCUGACUUGUCUCUAGACUGUUUUGAUCCUAUAGACCUCCCUGAGCUGACCUCACUCGUCAAUAGAGCUAAGUCAACCACAUGUAUGUUAGACCCCAUCCCGACUCGACUAUUCAAAAAUGUUUUUUCUCUUAUUGGUGUGACAAUACUGGACCAAAUUAACCUAUCCCUAAGCUUAGGAUAUGUACCACAGGUUUUCAAAGUGGCAGUAAUUAAACCUUUACUUAAAAAACCUUCUCUUGACCCAGACACCUUAGCUAAUUAUAAACCAAUUUCCAACCUUCCAUUUGUAUCUAAAAUUCUGGAAAAGGCAGUUUCAAGCCAGUUAUGUGACUAUUUGUAUAGAAAUGAUUUGUUUGAAGUCUUUCAGUCAGGGUUCAGAAUGCAUCAUAGCACAGAGACAGCACUGGUUCGAGUCACGAAUGACCUUCUUAUGGCCUCAGAUAAGGGAUUAGGAUUAGUGUCCAUACUGGUUCUACUGGACCUCAGUGCUGCUUUUGACACUAUAGAUCAUGGCAUUUUACUGCACAGGUUAGAGCAUGUUGUUGGGAUUAAAGGGACAGCUCUAUGUUGGUUUAAAUCAUAUCUAUCUGACAGGUUCCAGUUUGUUCAUGUACAUGAGGUUUCUUCAGAACAGUCAAGGGUCUGUUAUGGUGUUCCGCAGGGUUCAGUGCUAGGGCCAAUCUUGUUCAGUUUAUACAUGCAGCCCUUGGGAAGUAUAAUCCAGAAUCACGGCAUACACUUUCAUUGUUAUGCUGAUGAUACGCAGCUCUACUUGUCUAUGAAGCCGGAUGAAACAGAACCGUUAGUUAAACUUCAGGCAUGUCUUAGGGACAUCAAGGACUGGAUGUCCAGAAAUUUCUUGCUUCUAAAUUCAGAUAAAACAGAGGUUAUCAUUCUUGGUCCAGAGCAUCUUAGGAAGGGAUUAGAUGGUGUUGCGAUGGCUUCCAGUGCAACUGUGAAAAACCUUGGUGUUGUUUUCGAUCAGGAUUUGUCGUUUAAACCAUAUGUUAAUCAGGUUUGUAAAAUAGCGUUUUUCCAUCUCCGUAAUAUUGCAAAAAUUAGGAAAAUCCUCUCGCAGAGGGAUGCAGAAAAACUAGUUCAUGCGUUUGUAUCUUCUAGACUGGAUUACUGUAAUGUGUUGUUAGCAGGAUGUCCCAGUAAUUUGCUGAAUAGGCUCCAGCUGAUCCAGAAUGCAGCAGCACGAGUGCUGACAGGAAUCAGCAGGAGAGACCACGUCUCUCCAGUGUUAGUGUCGCUCCAUUGGCUACCUGUAAAAUUCAGAAUUCAAUUUAAAAUUUUAUUACUUGCGUAUAAAGCCCAAAACGGCUUAGCUCCGCAGUAUUUACAAGAUUUGAUAGUGCCUUAUGUUCCUGGCCGAGCUCUCCGCUCCCAGGGUGCAGGUUUACUCGUAGUUCCUAGAGUAUCUAAAUGUAGAUUUGGAGGGCGGGCGUUCUGCUAUCAGGCACCAUUACUAUGGAACCAACUUCCAAUCUGGGUUAAGGAGGCUGACACCACCUCCACCUUUAAAACUAAACUUAAAACCUUUCUGUUUAGUAAAGUGGUUGCAGUUCCCCGCCCUCCACUAGUUCACCAGGUGCGGCGUUAUAGAGGCGUUAACCAAGAUAACCUUGUAAAAAUUAAAACCAAUGUACAUUUGGUACCAAUUACAGACCUAAAAAUUAGAUGCGGACUACUAAAUAUACGAUCGUUAAGCUCCAAGUCUCUGUUAGUAAACGAUAUAAUUACAGAGAGCAGGAGUGAUGUUUUCUGCUUAACAGAAACAUGGUUACAGGAGGAAGAGUAUGUUAGUUUGAAUGAAUCAACUCCGCCCGGCUACUUUAAUCAUCACAUUCCUAGAAACACGGGCCGAGGCGGAGGAGUCGCAGCAAUUUAUAACUCCAGUCUCCAAACAAAAAUUGAACCUAAGUGCAAUCAUAAUACAUUUGAAAGCCUCAUGCUUGGUCUGAAAUUCCCGAGCUGGAAAUCAGAGAAGCCAGUUGUGUUAGUGGUAGUGUAUCGGCCCCCUGCUGGCGCUUAUCUAGAGUUUUUGUCUGAAUUUUCAGAUUUCCUUUCUGGAUUAUUGAUCAGCACAGAUAAAUUCAUCAUAGUGGGUGAUUUUAAUAUUCAUAUGGAUGUUGAAAGCGAUAAUCUUAAAUUAGCUUUCAAUUCUCUUCUAGAAUCAAUGGGUAUCUCACAAAAAGUGGACGGGCCGACGCAUUGUUUUGGUCAUACUCUCGAUCUCGUUCUCACCUACGGUGUUGAAACUGAUGGUCUGUUGGUGUCACCUGUAAACUCCCUUUUAUCCGACCAUUAUUUAAUAACGUUGGAAUUGAAUGUUGUUGAUGUUGAAGUGCAAAACAGGAGGUAUUAUUUUAGCAGAUGUUUGUCUGAUGAAGCUAUUGCUAAAUUUAAGGAGACCAUUGCUCGUCUUGCGACAGUGGAAAAUAGUGAAGCCUUUACUGAAGCAAUAGAGGCCAGUGACCUGGGUUCUACCUCUGAUGUUGAUUUUCUUGUUAGUAACACUGCUGAUCUGUUGCACUCAGCUUUAGAUGAAGUUGCUCCUUUGAAAAGGAGGGUUUCUAGCCACAGGAGCUUAACUCCCUGGUACAAUUCAGAUAUUCGCAUGUUGAAACAAAGCGUGCGUAAAAUAGAAAGGAAGUGGCACUCUUGUAAGUCUGUAGACUUCUAUCGUGAAUGGAAAGAUAUUCUAAUAGUAUAUAAAAAAGCCAUUCGCAAAGCAAGAACAGCUUAUUAUUCAACGUUGAUAGAGGAUAACAAAAGUAACCCACGUUUUCUGUUCAGCACUGUAGCCAGGCUGACAAAGAGUCACAGCUCUGUUGAGCCGUGCAUUCCUGCAGCUCUCAGUAGUGAGGACUUUAUGAGCUUCUUCAACAGUAAAAUCGCGAGAAUUAGAGAAGAAAUCAACCAGCCGGUUGUGGGUGUUUCUUCAGCUUUAGCGACUUCCCUAGGCUCUGACUUGUCUCUAGACUGUUUUGAUCCUAUAGACCUCCCUGAGCUGACCUCACUCGUCAAUAGAGCUAAGUCAACCACAUGUAUGUUAGACCCCAUCCCGACUCGACUAUUCAAAAAUGUUUUUUCUCUUAUUGGUGUGACAAUACUGGACCAAAUUAACCUAUCCCUAAGCUUAGGAUAUGUACCACAGGUUUUCAAAGUGGCAGUAAUUAAACCUUUACUUAAAAAACCUUCUCUUGACCCAGACACCUUAGCUAAUUAUAAACCAAUUUCCAACCUUCCAUUUGUAUCUAAAAUUCUGGAAAAGGCAGUUUCAAGCCAGUUAUGUGACUAUUUGUAUAGAAAUGAUUUGUUUGAAGUCUUUCAGUCAGGGUUCAGAAUGCAUCAUAGCACAGAGACAGCACUGGUUCGAGUCACGAAUGACCUUCUUAUGGCCUCAGAUAAGGGAUUAGGAUUAGUGUCCAUACUGGUUCUACUGGACCUCAGUGCUGCUUUUGACACUAUAGAUCAUGGCAUUUUACUGCACAGGUUAGAGCAUGUUGUUGGGAUUAAAGGGACAGCUCUAUGUUGGUUUAAAUCAUAUCUAUCUGACAGGUUCCAGUUUGUUCAUGUACAUGAGGUUUCUUCAGAACAGUCAAGGGUCUGUUAUGGUGUUCCGCAGGGUUCAGUGCUAGGGCCAAUCUUGUUCAGUUUAUACAUGCAGCCCUUGGGAAGUAUAAUCCAGAAUCACGGCAUACACUUUCAUUGUUAUGCUGAUGAUACGCAGCUCUACUUGUCUAUGAAGCCGGAUGAAACAGAACCGUUAGUUAAACUUCAGGCAUGUCUUAGGGACAUCAAGGACUGGAUGUCCAGAAAUUUCUUGCUUCUAAAUUCAGAUAAAACAGAGGUUAUCAUUCUUGGUCCAGAGCAUCUUAGGAAGGGAUUAGAUGGUGUUGCGAUGGCUUCCAGUGCAACUGUGAAAAACCUUGGUGUUGUUUUCGAUCAGGAUUUGUCGUUUAAACCAUAUGUUAAUCAGGUUUGUAAAAUAGCGUUUUUCCAUCUCCGUAAUAUUGCAAAAAUUAGGAAAAUCCUCUCGCAGAGUGAUGCAGAAAAACUAGUUCAUGCGUUUGUAUCUUCUAGACUGGAUUACUGUAAUGUGUUGUUAGCAGGAUGUCCAAGUAAUUUGCUGAAUAGGCUCCAGCUGAUCCAGAAUGCAGCAGCACGAGUGCUGACAGGAAUCAGCAGGAGAGACCACGUCUCUCCAGUGUUAGUGUCGCUCCAUUGGCUACCUGUAAAAUUCAGAAUUCAAUUUAAAAUUUUAUUACUUGCGUAUAAAGCCCAAAACGGCUUAGCUCCGCAGUAUUUACAAGAUUUGAUAGUGCCUUAUGUUCCUGGCCGAGCUCUCCGCUCCCAGGGUGCAGGUUUACUCGUAGUUCCUAGAGUAUCUAAAUGUAGAUUUGGAGGGCGGGCGUUCUGCUAUCAGGCACCAUUACUAUGGAACCAACUUCCAAUCUGGGUUAAGGAGGCUGACACCACCUCCACCUUUAAAACUAAACUUAAAACCUUUCUGUUUAGUAAAGUGGUUGCAGUUCCCCGCCCUCCACUAGUUCACCAGGUGCGGCGUUAUAGAGGCGUUAACCAAGAUAACCUUGUAAAAAUUAAAACCAAUGUACAUUUGGUACCAAUUACAGACCUAAAAAUUAGAUGCGGACUACUAAAUAUACGAUCGUUAAGCUCCAAGUCUCUGUUAGUAAACGAUAUAAUUACAGAGAGCAGGAGUGAUGUUUUCUGCUUAACAGAAACAUGGUUACAGGAGGAAGAGUAUGUUAGUUUGAAUGAAUCAACUCCGCCCGGCUACUUUAAUCAUCACAUUCCUAGAAACACGGGCCGAGGCGGAGGAGUCGCAGCAAUUUAUAACUCCAGUCUCCAAACAAAAAUUGAACCUAAGUGCAAUCAUAAUACAUUUGAAAGCCUCAUGCUUGGUCUGAAAUUCCCGAGCUGGAAAUCAGAGAAGCCAGUUGUGUUAGUGGUAGUGUAUCGGCCCCCUGCUGGCGCUUAUCUAGAGUUUUUGUCUGAAUUUUCAGAUUUCCUUUCUGGAUUAUUGAUCAGCACAGAUAAAUUCAUCAUAGUGGGUGAUUUUAAUAUUCAUAUGGAUGUUGAAAGCGAUAAUCUUAAAUUAGCUUUCAAUUCUCUUCUAGAAUCAAUGGGUAUCUCACAAAAAGUGGACGGGCCGACGCAUUGUUUUGGUCAUACUCUCGAUCUCGUUCUCACCUACGGUGUUGAAACUGAUGGUCUGUUGGUGUCACCUGUAAACUCCCUUUUAUCCGACCAUUAUUUAAUAACGUUGGAAUUGAAUGUUGUUGAUGUUGAAGUGCAAAACAGGAGGUAUUAUUUUAGCAGAUGUUUGUCUGAUGAAGCUAUUGCUAAAUUUAAGGAGACCAUUGCUCGUCUUGCGACAGUGGAAAAUAGUGAAGCCUUUACUGAAGCAAUAGAGGCCAGUGACCUGGGUUCUACCUCUGAUGUUGAUUUUCUUGUUAGUAACACUGCUGAUCUGUUGCACUCAGCUUUAGAUGAAGUUGCUCCUUUGAAAAGGAGGGUUUCUAGCCACAGGAGCUUAACUCCCUGGUACAAUUCAGAUAUUCGCAUGUUGAAACAAAGCGUGCGUAAAAUAGAAAGGAAGUGGCACUCUUGUAAGUCUGUAGACUUCUAUCGUGAAUGGAAAGAUAUUCUAAUAGUAUAUAAAAAAGCCAUUCGCAAAGCAAGAACAGCUUAUUAUUCAACGUUGAUAGAGGAUAACAAAAGUAACCCACGUUUUCUGUUCAGCACUGUAGCCAGGCUGACAAAGAGUCACAGCUCUGUUGAGCCGUGCAUUCCUGCAGCUCUCAGUAGUGAGGACUUUAUGAGCUUCUUCAACAGUAAAAUCGCGAGAAUUAGAGAAGAAAUCAACCAGCCGGUUGUGGGUGUUUCUUCAGCUUUAGCGACUUCCCUAGGCUCUGACUUGUCUCUAGACUGUUUUGAUCCUAUAGACCUCCCUGAGCUGACCUCACUCGUCAAUAGAGCUAAGUCAACCACAUGUAUGUUAGACCCCAUCCCGACUCGACUAUUCAAAAAUGUUUUUUCUCUUAUUGGUGUGACAAUACUGGACCAAAUUAACCUAUCCCUAAGCUUAGGAUAUGUACCACAGGUUUUCAAAGUGGCAGUAAUUAAACCUUUACUUAAAAAACCUUCUCUUGACCCAGACACCUUAGCUAAUUAUAAACCAAUUUCCAACCUUCCAUUUGUAUCUAAAAUUCUGGAAAAGGCAGUUUCAAGCCAGUUAUGUGACUAUUUGUAUAGAAAUGAUUUGUUUGAAGUCUUUCAGUCAGGGUUCAGAAUGCAUCAUAGCACAGAGACAGCACUGGUUCGAGUUACGAAUGACCUUCUUAUGGCCUCAGAUAAGGGAUUAGGAUUAGUGUCCAUACUGGUUCUACUGGACCUCAGUGCUGCUUUUGACACUAUAGAUCAUGGCAUUUUACUGCACAGGUUAGAGCAUGUUGUUGGGAUUAAAGGGACAGCUCUAUGUUGGUUUAAAUCAUAUCUAUCUGACAGGUUCCAGUUUGUUCAUGUACAUGAGGUUUCUUCAGAACAGUCAAGGGUCUGUUAUGGUGUUCCGCAGGGUUCAGUGCUAGGGCCAAUCUUGUUCAGUUUAUACAUGCAGCCCUUGGGAAGUAUAAUCCAGAAUCACGGCAUACACUUUCAUUGUUAUGCUGAUGAUACGCAGCUCUACUUGUCUAUGAAGCCGGAUGAAACAGAACCGUUAGUUAAACUUCAGGCAUGUCUUAGGGACAUCAAGGACUGGAUGUCCAGAAAUUUCUUGCUUCUAAAUUCAGAUAAAACAGAGGUUAUCAUUCUUGGUCCAGAGCAUCUUAGGAAGGGAUUAGAUGGUGUUGCGAUGGCUUCCAGUGCAACUGUGAAAAACCUUGGUGUUGUUUUCGAUCAGGAUUUGUCGUUUAAACCAUAUGUUAAUCAGGUUUGUAAAAUAGCGUUUUUCCAUCUCCGUAAUAUUGCAAAAAUUAGGAAAAUCCUCUCGCAGAGGGAUGCAGAAAAACUAGUUCAUGCGUUUGUAUCUUCUAGACUGGAUUACUGUAAUGUGUUGUUAGCAGGAUGUCCAAGUAAUUUGCUGAAUAGGCUCCAGCUGAUCCAGAAUGCAGCAGCACGAGUGCUGACAGGAAUCAGCAGGAGAGACCACGUCUCUCCAGUGUUAGUGUCGCUCCAUUGGCUACCUGUAAAAUUCAGAAUUCAAUUUAAAAUUUUAUUACUUGCGUAUAAAGCCCAAAACGGCUUAGCUCCGCAGUAUUUACAAGAUUUGAUAGUGCCUUAUGUUCCUGGCCGAGCUCUCCGCUCCCAGGGUGCAGGUUUACUCGUAGUUCCUAGAGUAUCUAAAUGUAGAUUUGGAGGGCGGGCGUUCUGCUAUCAGGCACCAUUACUAUGGAACCAACUUCCAAUCUGGGUUAAGGAGGCUGACACCACCUCCACCUUUAAAACUAAACUUAAAACCUUUCUGUUUAGUAAAAGGGAACCAGACAACGCUGACAGGAUCUUCGGGGGGGACAGAUUCAACCGGUUUACCUCCUCCCCCCGACCUCACACCACUCCCUCAUACCCCGCUGGGUGCAUGGCCUCCCCCCAGGGUCAUUAA